UAUAAUAGUUUUUACAAUGACAUAUUUGAAGUUAAUAGCUGCAGUGAUUUUUAUAAUUUCUGCCACUAACGGCCAACAUAAUCCUAACUAUUGGAAUGGCCGCGAUGUGAUGGUUCACCUUUUCGAAUGGAAAUGGGAAGAUAUUGCCAAUGAAUGCGAAAGGUUUUUGGCUCCAAAAGGAUAUGCUGGUGUUCAGGUUUCUCCGGUAACUGAAAAUGCUGUUGUUAAAAAUCGACCUUGGUGGGAGCGUUAUCAACCUGUUUCAUACAUUAUUAACACCAGGUCCGGCAAUGAAAAUCAAUUUCGUGACAUGGUGACGCGUUGUAAUAGAGUUGGAGUUCGUAUUUAUCCAGAUUUCAUAAUGAAUCAUAUGGCAGCUGGUGAAAACGUUGCAGGUACUGCCGGUUCAAGAGCCGAACCAAACAAGAAGAAGUUCCCAGGAGUCCCAUAUUCCCAAAAUGAUUUCCAUCCCACUUGUUCCAUUAAUAACUACAACGACCCUAAUCAAGUUCGAAACUGUGAGUUGGUUGGUUUAAAAGAUCUCGAUCAAAGCAAAGAAUAUGUUCGUCAACAGAUGAUUACACUCAUGAACAAGUUGAUUAAAAUCGGAGUUGCUGGAUUCCGUUUAGAUGCAGCCAAACACAUGUGGCCACGUGAUAUGGAGGUGAUUUUGAACGCAUUGGAUGAUUUAAACACUGACCAAGGAUUCGCACGUGGUUCUCGACCAUUUAUCUUCCAAGAAGUGAUCGAUAAUGGUGGUGAAAAGAUAACCCGUGAGGAAUACACCCACAUGGGGGCUGUAACAGAGUUCCGCCACUCGACUAAAAUUAGUAACGUUUUUAGAAAUGGUGAUCUAUUAAAAUGGCUUAAUAACUGGGGCACUGGAUGGGGAUUCCUUCCAUCCGAAGAAGCUCUGAUAUUUGUUGAUAACCAUGACAACCAAAGAGCUGAAGCAUUGAACUACAAAUCAUCGAGAAGAUACAAAAUGGCAGUUGCAUUCAUGUUGGCCUAUCCAUAUGGCAUUCCUCGUGUCAUGAGCUCUUUCGAUUUUAAUCAUUCCGAUGACCCUCCACCAAGCAGGGAUGGUCAAAAUAUUUUGUCACCAAUCUUUAACUCAGAUGAUUCGUGUGGAAACGGUUGGAUUUGUGAACAUCGCUGGCGUCAAAUUUAUAACAUGGUUGGGUUCAGGAAUACAGUAAAGGGAACUUCGGUUAAUAAUUGGUGGAGCAAUAAUGGUAACCAAAUAGCAUUCUGUCGUGGAAAUAAGGGUUUUGUGGCCUUCAAUCAGGAGAAUUAUGAUUUAAAUCAGCGGAUCUAUACUUGCUUGCCAGCUGGCAGGUAUUGUGAUGUUAUUUCUGGGAAAAAAUCUGGCUCAUCAUGUACAGGAAAAACAAUUGUUGUUGAUAAUAGUGGAUCAGCUCAGAUCAAUAUUUCCACUCGCGAUGAAGAUGGUGUUCUAGCAAUUCAUGUUGGAUCAAAAUUGUAGAAAAUUGAAAACAAAUAAAAUUAAGUCGCUUGAUUAUACCU